CGCAAGAUCAACACAGUUCCCGCGUACAGGAUUAUUUCGGAUGCGUAUAGUUCUACUGAUCGCGUUUCUGAGCAUUUAUGGCAAGCGAAGCAUUUCAAUCUGAAAAGUUAGAGGUUCAAUGUUAAGGUCGUUAGACGCGUUCCUUGCAUCUAUAUGUACUUGUUUCAUCACAUAAAUUUAAAUGUUCCAUUUGUUUUCAAGUUUUGCGACGGCAACGCGGAUGGCUUUUCUGAAAGUUUCACUCUACAACUUCUUACUAAAUCUUCAUGCCUCGUCUUCGAAGGACAUUUUUACGUGCUGCUUUGUGAUGAUAAGUUUGUAGAGAAGACCAGGCUGCGCCGGUUUUUGUGGGACAGGGAACCAGAAGGCGAGCGUUAUGGAGGACGAAGCGCAAUGACAAGCAGUUGUGUGAAGAUCUGAUGUCGCCUCACACAUUCCGGAUGCAGUACUCCGAUUCAGUCCCUCGGCGCUGCGCUUCGUCGUCUUCGUCGCGAAGCAGCGGCUUGGGAGAACGCGGAACCGAGGCCCGUGCUAGCAUAUGUGAUGGAACGGCCAAAAAGCGAAGGCCUUGGGCGGUCGCGCAUCACCUCUUCGGAUUGAGUGGCAGACCGUGUCGCACGAAGUCAAUUUUACAGCGACGAGGAAUGCAAAAUUGGAUCGCCGUAGAUGGGCGGGAGGAUCAGAAACGAAGAGGACGGGUGCGCGUUUAUUCUGUCGGGGAACCUCGGCCGGGGUCAAGUCGCGACCAGAGCAGUGCUAGCGUGCUCGUCGCCUGGUUUUGGACGAGAAUCUGGACACAACUGGUGCCUCCUUCGAUAUGGUUGCCAUACUCGUUUGCUCACAAGAAUAAUAGAUCCAGGAUACGAGGCCUUGUGCGUUGUUGGAAAUGUGUCGCUUCACUGACAUUUUUCCUUUUCUUGUUCCUUCCCCUCCAUCUGCUUCCAACCACCACCCUCGCCCAGAUCCAGGUCAUUCGCUUCCCGUCCUCUUCAGGCCACGGCGCCCCCUAUCUCGGCGGUAUUUUCGACCUGUUCCGCACGCCACCACACAUGCGCCAGGUGUCGAACUUUUACACGCCGGAAUUAACGUUGAACAGCGAGCCCUGGAAUGCGCUCCUAAAGUCGAAGCAUAUGGUCGCGGUGCUGUUUUUCAGUCCGGUCUGCGUCUACUCCCAGGCACUGCAGCCGAUCUGGGACCAGGUGGCGCACAAAAUGGAGAGGAAAGUCCCGGUCGUGCGGGUGGAUUUAACGAAUCAAGAAAUGGAGGCCAUGAAGAAGUAUAAGUUGCAAGGGUACCCAGGGUAUCCAGUAGUCCGGCUGAUCGUGGAGGACGAGAAUAAAGUUGACAUGUUCGAAUACGAACCAAAAGGGUGGCAGACAACCAUGGAAACAAUCACGAGCUGGGUACUAUGACGCGGAUUUUGAGGGCUGUGCAUACAUGACAGUUCCAGAAGUUCAAGUUCUACAUUCUUGAGUCAGUACGUGUCUUCUAUACUAGAAGCUUCGUCUACUUUCUACCCAAACCGAAAAAAAAUCUCAGCUCUCCAAGCACCUUUCAACCGGCCACGAGGUGCAUUCUUUAGAAGAGUUCCGGAAUUUCCAUUUUCAAAACCCCCUCUUCGUUGUUGGUCUUUUCGAAGACGACACCCCCGUUGACGCCCCGACCUCAAGCGACAAUCCAGCGGCCACCACCGCUUCCGACUCCACGCUCUCCCCCCAACAGCAGACCGACAACCGGCACAACGUGCAGACGUUUCAGGAAGCCAGUAAGCACUUCGAGAACGUACUGUUCGCGGAGAGCCGGAAAAGCGGGGUCUCCAGGGAGAUCGCGAACUACCUCCGCGAGCACCACCACUUGAAGUGCGAGGUGGUGAAUUUUGGGGCCAGCAAGGAAAAUACAAAAGCGGUGGAAACGCCGAACAAGGAGAACAUGCGGUGUCGCGGGCCGAAGAACCUGCAGCGGCCGGAAUGGAACGACAGUUUCGAAGUGACCAGUAACAAAACGCACGUGACGGCGAAGCGAACGGACCAAAACAGCGGGUGGGAUCUAUUACAGUGAAAAAUGCCCCCACCCCAAAAGUUGCAACAAUUUGUGAUGCGAAGUUUCCAAAUGAAAACUUUGUGUCUUGCAUGAAAGGACUAUGAAUCUUUCUGAUGCAGGGUCUAGUCGUAUGCAGCAUCGCUUGCAUGACAAGCGUCGCGCUUUCUGGGAUCUUUCGCAAUGCAAAUUUUGGCUACUCACGAUGGAAAAUCUGUGAUGCUGAUAAAAGGAACAGGGCGAGUGCUUCCAUUGGAAAGAUUUGCAAUGCAAAUGCUCCCAAGUUUUGGGGUUGGGGCAUUUUUCCUCACAAUAGGACCAGGGGCUGCAGUAUUCCUGUUGUCUGGAAUACAACCCGCAGGGGGAGGCCCCGUUGGAGCUGAAAAUCCCCUCCGUGACCAUGUUCACGCCAUUUGACGAGCAGGUUUACACCUUCCCGGCCGACCACUCCUCGCACAUCAACGUGGUCGAGCUGAUCGAGUUCGUGCACAAGUACCGUCAGUCGCUGAUAACGGACUUCAACGUCAACACGAUGAACGAGGUGUUGGAAAGCGCCAGCUCCGCGGAACUCCCGCUCCUGAUGCUGAUCCACAACGAGGAGGACAGCGGGUCUACUUCGGACGACGGAACCGGGGCGCAGUCUGCGCAGAUGGCGAAACUAGCGGAGGUGGAGGAGACCGUACGGAAGUUCGCAAAGGAGAUGAAGGGCCGGGUGUUAUGCUCGAAAGCGCUGAAGAGCGGCGACGACCCGGCGUACAAGUUUUUGUUCGAGAUGCUGGACCUCUCCGCUGUCAAGGACUUCCCUGUGCUGCGGCUGAUGACGCGGAACCGCGAGGCGCGGUCCCGGGCCUCCGCGGUGCUGAAGUACAAAUUAGGCGGGAACAACGACGGGGAAGUGGCGCCGACCGUGGACAAUCUCAGGGGGUUGCUGGAGUCGUUCGAGCAAAAAACCGCGCGACCGUAUUUGAAAUCCGAGCCCGCGCCGGACCCGGCCUACAAGGACGAAUACGACCCGGUCGAGGUCUUCGUCGGGUCGACGCUGCACGACGGCAUCGCGAACCGAAAAACGGAUAUAUUUUUGAACAUCUACGCGCCCUGGUGCGGGCACAGCAAGCGGCUGCAGCCGGUCUGGCGGGACCUGGCCACGCGGUUACGGGGAAAUGAGCAGGUGGUCACGAUUGCGAAGAUUGACGGCACGGCGAAUGAAACACCAGAUAUUCCGGUCAUGGGGUAUUGACGAAUUAGAUAUUGAUGCGAAACAAGAAUUAUUGGCAGCGAUUUGUUGUGCUUGUUUAAGAAGCUGGUUGAGGACUAAGGGUCACGAGGACGUCGAGCAAACGCAAUGACAAUCUAUGAAGUGCGGCAUAGAUUGAUUUAUCUUUUUCCAUCACAGAACAUGCAGAGAGAAAAAGUCAAGCUCUACCCUUGUAACACAUAAACCCAGAUAUCCAACGAUGCUGUUUUUCAAAGCGGGACAAUCCGGCUUCAGUUCGAUCGAAUACAACGGGCCCCGCACCACCGACGCACUCCUAGAGUGGCUGAAGAAGCACAGUCCGGGGGAGAUAAAACCGGACCAGGUCAUACCGGCUGCAGAAUCCGGCUACGACGCCGGACGGGGGCACAGCGACGAAAUUUAGGGAAGAGGUUGCUGGCGCCAGGGCGACUUGACAGGUCCACCCCCGAAGCGGCUCGCACAACAUACAACAUUGAAUUGGCGAUCUAGAAGAUCAACAUCAGCAAGCACAUCAAGAAAAAACAAGUCAUAUUAGUACGAGGACAACAAGAAAAUUGGAAUAAGC